AUGGUCUUGCAGGCCGACACCGACCCCAAGGUCACCCGGGAGCUGAUCCGGUCGGCCAAGACCAAGUACGCGUGGAACGCCGUCCGCCGCAUCCCCCUGGCCGCCUGGGUGGCCACGCAGCACGCGCUGGGCUGGUCGGAGCAGUCGCAGUACGUCGACCUGUGGACGCGCCUCGUCGUCGGCGUCGGCCAGUCCUUCUUCUCCGGCCAGGACGGCCCCACGUCCAUUGCCGAGCUGCAGGCCAUGACGCUGCGCCCGCGGAGCGUCCCCGGCCAGACGUGGAUCAGCAGGUACACGUCGCCGCCGCCGCCGGAAUCGGGCGCCGUGGACGCCGUCAUGGCGGCUGUUAGCAGCAUGGUGCGCCUCGACGCGGACGCGGCGCGGCUGACGCGGACGCCGGGGUAUGUUCCCGUCGAGGCUGAGUGGACGGGCUACAGGCCCGGUGCGCAGGGGGCGGCUUUGCCGGAUAUUUCGGAACAGGAGAGGUUUGGUGAGAUGAUGAAGGAUGUCACGGACCCGACGACGAUUCUGUAUCUUCAUGGAGGCGGGUACUUGAUGCUGGAUCCCAAGUCGCACAGGCCGUUUCUGCAGCAGUUGUGCAAGCGUACAGGUGGCCGUGGCUAUUCGGUGCGAUACCGUCUCUCGCCCCAAGCAGUCUUUCCGGCGGCGCUGUUGGACGCCUUUGUUUCUUACUUGACCUUGUUGUAUCCGCCUCCUGGCGCAUUCCACGAUCCUGUGAAACCAGAGCACAUUGUCCUUGCUGGAGAUAGUGCUGGGGGCAACUUGACUCUAUCUUUACUACAGCUGCUUCUAGAACUGCGACGCAACAGCGUCCGCGUAGCUUGGCACGGGGAGCAGCGCGACAUUCCUCUUCCCGCCGGCGCCGCCUGCAACUCGCCGUGGCUCGACGUCACGCACAGCCUUAUCCCCUACGGAGGCGACAAGCCGCUCAAGUACGACGUGACCUCGCUGCCCGUCCCCGAGACCGGAUGGAUGCCCAACACGCGCGACGACCACAUCUGGCCCGCCACUCCUCCGCGCCUCAACUUUUACGCCGACGACCACCUCGUCGCGCACCCGCUCGUCUCCGUCAUCGGCACCCGACCCGAGGACUGGGCCGGAUCGCCGCCCCUUUACAUUUGCACGGGGUGGGAGCACCUGGGCACCGAGGCGCGCGUGUUUGCGCGCCGCCUCGCCACCGCCAAGACGGACGACGUGCCGGUCGUCGUGUUUGACGACUACGAGGCCAUGCCGCACUGCUUCGCGCUCAUCAUCCCUACCACGGCGACGGCGGAGCACUGCUGGAGAGGGUGGUCGGGUUUUAUCAAGCGCUGCGUCAAUGAGCCGGGGCAGAUCAAGAGCAAGGCGACUCGGAUCAAACCAAAGACGCUUGUUGAAGAGGAGGUGGAUUUUGAGGAGCUGUUGGAGAUGAGCGACGACGAGGCGCGGGCUAUUUUUGACUCGCAGAAUUCCCCUUUCAAGGUUGCACCUCGUUUAUAA